CUCGCCUUUACAGUACCUCGGUUUUCCUGCGCGUCGUUUACAGAUAUCGCGAGAGCGGCUGUUGGGGUUAGCAGCAGGCUGAGGGAGAGACGGGAGAGAAGGUAAGCGGAGGAGGCUGCAUCAUGGCGGACAGAGACAGUGGUAGCGAGCACGGAGGAUUUGCCACAGGCCCCGGCGGCGGCCCGGUGCACCAGGGGGCGAUGGGCGCUUCGUCGCGGCUCCAGCAUGACACGGAGGAGCUGGCGUCCAAGCGCGUUGACAUUCAGAACAAACGCUUCUACCUGGACGUGAAGCAGAACGUCAAAGGCCGCUUUCUGAAGAUCGCUGAGGUCGGGGCUGCGGGAAACAAGAGUCGCCUGACCCUGUCCAUGUCAGUAGCCGUGGAGUUCCGAGACUACUUGGGCGACUUCAUAGAGCACUACGCACAGCUGGGCCCCAGCCACCCGGACACGGUGCAGGACGAGCCGCGGCGGGCGCUCAAGAGCGAGUUUCUGGUGCGGGAGAAUCGAAAGUACUACAUGGAUCUGAAGGAGAACCAGAGGGGGCGGUUUCUGAGGAUCCGACAGACCGUGAAUCGGGGCCCCGGCUUGGGCACGGCGCAAGGCCAGACCAUUGCUCUCCCGGCGCAGGGGCUCAUCGAGUUCCGCGACGCUUUAGCCAAGCUCAUCGAUGACUACGGCGUGGACGAGGAGCCGGCAGAGCUGCCCGAAGGCACGUCGCUCACUGUGGACAACAAGCGCUUCUUCUUUGACGUGGGCUCCAACAAGUAUGGCGUGUUCAUGCGGGUCAGCGAAGUGAAGCCGACAUACCGCAACUCCAUCACGGUACCGUCCAAAGUGUGGUCCAAGUUCGGUGCCACGUUCUGCAAAUACGCGGAUGAAAUGAAGAAGAUCCAGGAGAGGAGCAGGGAAAGGAGGGCACGCGAGCUCUUACCGGAGGCCCUGCACGGCGACGACGGGGACGAGGAUUAAAGCACGUGACGCUGAAUGGCGAGGACGGAAUACUUUCGUUGAAACGAUAAAACGACGAAGUAGACUUAAGUUAAAAGAUAAAAGGAGGCGCGAUGGGAGAUUUCAAUGGAUCGUCACAUCCACGCAACACGCACAGUUGCAUCACUUCGUUCAUCAACCGGUUAUUAUCCACUUACUCAACCAUAUAACAGUAAGCCGCUGCUAUCAGUCAAUCAGUCAAUCAAUCAAUCAAUCAAUCAAUAACACGAUCCACGAACUGUAUCCGAGACGGUCAGAAUGUCACAGGUCGGAGUCGGAGUGUGUCUGUUUGCUCAUAUAUUUUUGUACACGUCCAAGCUAUUAUAGCCCACGAUACUGUUCCAAAGUGCAAAUUGAAAAGAAAAAAAAAUAACAACACAGAAAUGCUAAGACUUUCUAGCACAAAGCUACUGUAUUUGGGAAUAUGUGAACCAAAUUUUUAGUAUGAAAAAAAUGAAGUCUCCGUUUGAAGGUACGUUUAGGAUGCUUGUACUGUAUUGUGCAGUCCAUCUGCUGAACGGAUGUCAAUCCUGACCGACCCGAGGCAUCUGAAGAGCUCGUGCAGUUGUAGGCGACUCAAGUGCAUUUGAAAUGCAGAAAGAGCAAUGGAGAUCGUAUUAGCUCGUCAUGCAACAUUUGUUUUUGACUCCAGGUUUAGUUAGGGGAGUAACAACGCAGUAAAGUCGGGGGUCGGAGAGACUAUUAUGAUAUUAUUUCUAUUAAAUAGGCUAUAUCAACCCUGUUGCACCAUGCACAGCAAAAUCCGCAAUGUUGAAGACACAGUGCUCAUUUAAUUCCACAGUCGAGCAUGCAUGGUGUGAACCCAGCACUGGGGAUUUUGCUGUGUGCCCACUGCCGUCUGGGCACGUUUCAUUAAAGUGCUAACUUAGAAAUAUCUACAAAUUUAUGAUUUUGUGAAUCAGAUGUAUUUAGAUUCUUAUAAAAAAAAUACCCACGUUUUCUGUGGGAUUUUCUUUCUCUCUUUUUUUUUCCGUUUGUUGGGGGUGGUGAGGGGGGUAUUUAAAAAAAAAAAAGGAGCUGUUCCACUAGUGUGAGCAUGCGCAGAUGUGUGGUGCCCCUGCACGGCGCGUCCACUACAACGUCCAAAACCAACCUGGUGCCUUAAUGCUCACCACACGUUUACAUGCUUUACGUGUCAUGUGCUUUUGAUCGCUAUUCGUCUUGCUCAUCAUAACAUCCCUGUCUCUGUGCCACUUGUGGUGCUUCUAAAGGACUUUUUAACAAAGCCAAACUCUAAAGAGACUCACGGGUUUCUCUCUUCUGAGUCCACCUGGGAACGAUGAUGUUGAUGAUGAUGAUGAUGAUGAUGAUGAUGAUGAUGAAAGAGUGUUUCCGUAAACACAGAUGUAGUCACACAGAGGCUGUGGAGGUUUGCUCUUUGUGCUCCUAAUUUAAAAAAAAUUAUAUUGGUUAAAAAAGAAAAAAAAAAGGAAGUGCUUAGGGAGAAACUUGCUGUCUAUGGCUCCAGCCCUGUGUUUUGCUCUUUGGGACCGUGCGAGUAGACUUAGGGCAGAGGCGAUAGCCUGUAUGUUUUUGUAUGGUGCUAAUAAACCCCACUCACCAGUUUAUCUGUUUUACCAGUCUUGCAAAUCCACCGUCGAGUUAAAUUUUGUCAACCGCACGCCACAUCUUGCUGUUCCAAGUUCUGCUAACAAAGAUCAUAGCGCUGAUGUUUCAGCCAGGGUUGCCAUAAAUAGGGACAGGUUGACGAGUCCGACAGCCAUCGAGUAGACAUGAGUAGACGGGGGUAGUCUUAGAUAAACAAAAGUAGUCUGGGAAAACAAAAACUGUCCAUAUCUGGGGGUCUAGGGCAUGAAUCCACCCAAGAGUUUGUACUGGCACCCCUGGGCGAAGCAAGUCGUGCAAUAUUGUAGGUUAUGUGCCAAGACCUGCAUUCUCUCUGUGUGGUGUGGAUACAGCAUUGUAUCUAACCAAAAUAUGUGCAAAUGCUUGAGAAUGAUUUAUUUUAAUGUUAUUGCUCAAUUUGUGACUGUUCUGACUGUUCCAUGCUGCUUAGGUCAAAGGUUGAUUUCCAUUGAUCAUAUGCAGAACAUGAACAUGAGCUUUUUUUGCUGGUUGCUUAGCAGCCGUGUCCCCCGUGUUGCACGUGACAUUAAAGGCUGUCGAUGUCACGUUAAACAGCUCAGAGUGGAGCUUCUUGAGCAGUUGCGAAGUGUUCGGUUGAUCAUUUCUCUCUUUUAAUGGCACAAUGCUUCCUAUAUGAAGUCUUAAAUAUUUAUUUGAGGAAAAAAAUCAUAAUUUGAAUAUUUUAUUAUUUAAAAAAAAGAACAUAUUUAGAAAAAUAAUGAAAUUUCUUUAUUGUUCAAAGACUUGGCAAGAUAAGUGUUCUUUGGACAGGUGGUGUUUAUACGGUACCUGGGAGAAAGAGAAACGCAGCCAGGCUCGCUAACAGCCUCCUGACUCAGUGGGGUUUUCCAACUGAGGACUCCCCUUUAUCAGGUCUGUACGAUCUCACAGACAGGGUGGCUGCACAUUUUCAUUUCCGACCAAGCAGGAGCAGCAACUGAUAAUCUACAGAAGGCUAACUGUGUGGCUCCUGAUUGGUUGGAAAUAGAAACCUGCAUCCACACCUGACUUCUGGGGAUAAAAUCGGACACCUCUGGCCUCGGUGGUAUCCUUAACCUGCUAAGUAUGUGAGCACACAGGAGCACUUUUUCUCUCUGCCCUCCCUUCAAAAACAUAACCCUCUGUCUGGUUAUGUUUGGUGUAGACCAUCCUCUGCUCGAGACAUGAGCUUUGUUUCUACACCACUCACUUCUAAAUUCCCGUUUAUAGACUUUUCUCUGUUUUAUUUUCUAGACGUCCCCUCUUCCUUUGGGUGAUCAAGCUAAUCUUUUCCUAUCACUGCCCUGAUUUGAUUACCAAACUCUUCAAUGGGUACCACAAAAAUGCAAUGACUUGACCAGUUUGAUUAAGCUUCUUGUUCGUACAUAAGGCACUACAACAACUCAAAACUGGAAAUAAAAAUGAGCCCUUUGAGUUCGAAAGGGUGUUUCCUGGAACAGAUCGUUACAAUCUGAAACAAAUCACAAACGUACAGAUUGUUUUGCACUCAAAAUAUGCCUCUCUCAAUCAAAUGCACAUGCUUGUGUAAGAGGCUUAUUCGAAGGAAAAAAAAAAAAGGAACUAUAGUCCAUUCUAAAGGUGCUAUUAAGUACUAAAUGGCUCUGUGAUUUCACUUUCUGCCUGGAACUUUGGCAGUGUUUUACCAAGAGUGUCUGUUCCAGAGUGUUAGGCGUCACUCACGCCACACCAGCAAAGUUCUAGCUUUGCUUCCAAUCCACAGAGCGCUAUUUGUUAAAAGAUCUAUAAGCACUGUGGUAAAUAUUGAAAAGAGCAAAACACACACACGCAUAGUACUCUUGGUUCAUAUACAGGAUGGUGCUCCAUCUGUGAAGUGGGGAAACUGAGUUAGGCUUAACAUAGUCUCCUGGUAGUGGUGCUUCUAAGGUUGUUGUCUGUCCUUAACUGUCAGAAUGUGUGUUUCUUAACACUAUUGCUCGAUAGCUGUGUGAUUGCUCUAAAGCUCUCAUGUAUCUGCAGUUACAAAACGGAAUCAACCCACACUUACUAUACCACAACCAAUCAAGAGACAAGUACGAUGCAGCAAAACUUUAAUAAGCCCUCUGUGUGUGUGUGUGUACGUGUGUGUGUGUGUAUGUGUGUGUGCACGUCUUGCUACAGCUUUUCAGUUCACUUUCCUGAAAUCACAGCCAGAUGCAGUUCUCAUGGACUCUAUCCCAAGCUUAAGGCCUUGACCAGACCUGCUUAGCGUAUACGCGUUUGCAUAUUUCUGUCUUUCUAAAUACAAAGUGAUUGUGUAGGCUAUGGGUUCAAAACAUUAUUUGGACAGUAGGGAUGGGUUUCGAAUGCUAGGAAUGAAGAGUAAAUAUAAAGGAGGAUCCCCACAUAUCCCAUGGUCCAUCCCUGUUUUAUUCUCUAUGAAAUGUGUUGUACUGAAAAGAUUAAAUAUAUGACAUGUAAUGUGUGUGUAUAUAUGGUUUGUUAUAUAUGAUGCUUCUCUUUAUGAAAAAAAGGUAUAUAUAUAUAUAUAUAUAUAUAUAUAUAUAUAUAUAUAUAUAUAUAUAUAUAUAUAGGAAAAGCAUAUUGCCGUUUUAUUUCCUUUGUAUUUUAUACUUACAGAAAGCAUUGAAUCAAAUGGAUAAAUACUUGCACUUUAAAUAUAUUAAGAAAAAUAAAAAGUCUGCAUAUUAUUUUUGAUAGGAGAUCUCACAUUCGAAAUGGUAUAAUGUUACUUUCCAGGCUUUGUGACAAUUGCUGUUGGCCAGAGAUGUAUGUUCUUCUACUUAUCGAAGUCUAUUUUGUCUGUGUUCCAGAAGGUUUACUAAAGUAAAUUGCAUGAUGAAGUAGUAGUGCACCAACUGUUCUUUUAUUUAGUUGGUUAAAAAUGUCUGAUAAAAAAAAAACAAACAAACUGUGACGAUUGCGCUCAUGUAUGUAUCCAUGUUCAACUUCAGCCAACCAUUUUAGGAUAUGAUUUAUUUUCUUCCUUCCUUCUAACACAACUAUGGUGCUUACAUUGGCUUAGAAGAAGUACCUCUCAUCCCACUCUUCAUCAUCCACAUCCAUCUUCUGUAUCCCGCACACAUCCCCUUGCUGUUUGUGUGUUCUCACAAGUUUAUUGAAUUUCUGUUAGUGGUAUCCAGUGUGUUUUUGUACAGGUACGUAUCUUGUUUCUGAGUUGGAAAGCCUGUUUUGUUUUUUUUUUUUGUCUGAAAAUGACUAAUUGCAAUAAAACUUCCAUUCCCCCCCCA